AUGAGCGCUUUAGGGCGUCCACAAGAUAUGUUUUCAGAUACCGCUAUACAAUUACAACCCAUCUUUGCUCAAUGGGUACAAAACACCCAUGCUUUAGCACCCGGCAUAACAGCUCCUGGUGCAACAGCAAGUACCAGCUUAACUUGGGGAGGUGGUGAGUUGGUAGCAGUAGGCGGCAAAGUAGCUUUGUUACCUAUUCCAUUAGGAACCGCAGACUUCUUAGUCCAUCAUAUUCAUGCAUUUACGAUCCACGUGACUGUAUUGAUACUACUGAAAGGUGUUCUAUCUCGCAGUUCCCGUUUGAUACCUGAUAAAGCAAAUCUUGGUUUUCGUUUUCCUUGUGAUGGACCUGGAAGAGGGGGGACAUGUCAAGUAUCUGCCUGGGAUCAUGUCUUCUUAGGUCUAUUCUGGAUGUACAAUGCGAUUUCCGUAGUUAUUUUCCAUUUCAGUUGGAAAAUGCAGUCGGAUGUUUGGGGUACUAUAAGUGAUCAAGGGGUAGUAACUCAUAUUACAGGAGGAAACUUUGCGCAGAGUUCCAUUACUAUUAAUGGGUGGCUUCGAGAUUUCUUAUGGGCACAGGCAUCUCAGGUAAUUCAGUCUUAUGGUUCUUCAUUAUCUGCAUAUGGUCUCUUUUUCUUAGGUGCUCAUUUUGUCUGGGCUUUCAGUUUAAUGUUUCUAUUCAGUGGCCGUGGUUAUUGGCAAGAACUCAUUGAAUCCAUCGUUUGGGCUCAUAACAAAUUAAAAGUUGCUCCUGCUACUCAGCCUAGAGCCUUGAGCAUUGUACAAGGACGUGCUGUAGGAGUAACCCAUUACCUUCUGGGUGGAAUUGCCACAACAUGGGCAUUCUUCUUAGCAAGAAUUAUUGCAGUAGGAUAA